AUGUCGCUGUUCCGGCGGCUCUUCUACCGGCGGCCGCCCGAUGGGCUCGUCGAGAUCUCCGGCAACAUCCUCGUAUUUGAUCACUGUUACUCCAUGGAUUUGCUGGAAGAAGACGAGCUGAUGCCAUACAUUGGAGGAAUCUUAAAACAGCUAUUUGGCCGAUACUCCAUCGACUCAUUCAUGGUAUUCAACUUUGAGGGAAGCAAGAAGGACAACCAAAUUGCCAGUAUUUUCUCAUACUAUGACAUGUGUGUCAUGGGUUACCCACGUAACUAUGAAGGAUGCCCCUUGCUCACCAUGGAGAUGAUUCACCAUUUCCUGAGAUCUAGUGAAAGCUGGCUCUCAUUAAGCCAGGACAACUUUCUGCUAAUACAUGCAGAACAUGGUGGAUGGCCAGUUCUUGCUUUUGCAUUGGCAGCCCUAUUGGUUUACCUCAAAAGGUAUAGUGAUGAGAGGAAAGCUUUGGAGGCAGUCUGCAAACAGGCACCUGAUGGGCUAGCUGAGCUAUUCUCACCACUGGACCCAGUGCCUUCUCAGCUGAGAUAUUUGAAGUAUGUGUCAAAACGGCACACGUCACCAGAAUCAUGGCCUCCUGUUGACAAAAUGCUGAAUUUGAAUUGUAUAAUAAUCAGGAAGGUACCGAAUUUUGAUGGGCAAGGGGGAUGUAGACCAAUAUUCCACAUUUAUGGCCUAGAUCCCCUUGCGCCUAAUGACAGGGCUACUAAACUUCUCUUUUCGACCCCAAAGACAAGUGAUUGUGUCCAGCUCUAUACACAGGAAGACUGUGAGAUAAUCAAGGUUAAUGUCCAUUGUCCUGUUCAAGGAGACAUUGUAAUUGAGUGUGUCAGCCUGGAUGAGGACUUCGAACAUGAAGUUAUGGUGUUCAGAGCCAUGUUUAGCACAGCUUUUAUAGAAGACAAUUUGUUGGUACUUGAUAGGAACCAGAUUGAUAUUCUGUGGGACACAAAACACCGGUUUCCUGUAGACUUCAGAGUUGAGGCUAUAUUUUCUGAUGUGGAAAUGGGCACAGCAGUUCACAAAUCAGAGUUAUCUAGUGAGGAGAAAGAAAGCCUUUCCAAGGUUGAUGAUGCCUUCAGCCAUCUGGAUUGGUCAAGCGAAAGCGUUCACAUCACAAAUGAAGAAUCAAAACAGAAGGGAUUACAGAGAGAGCAUGAUGGCUUCGACAAAAUACCUCUAGAGGAAACAGAAAUCAGCAGCGCAUCAGCUGAAAAUAGCAGCAGAUCUGUCCAGAUUCAUCACAUAGAACCUGCUGAAAACCAUUCUUCUCUUGCCAAUGCGCAUUCUUCGCCAGAACCUAAGGCUUCCGGACCAAACAUUCAAGGAGGUCAACUCUUCAAUGAUGCAUCUGCACAGGAGGAACCCGAAGUGGAUGACACCAGAAUUGAACCCAAUUCAGAAACUUCCCGAGAUGAAGAAGCUGGUGAUGCUGUCGCUGCCACCGCCACCGCCGAAUGGUCUGACAACAACUCGGAUGUGUUCCUGUCAGACACACCCUCGAGCAGCACCCCGUCUAGUCCGCCAAAGUUCGACGAUGAGAUCCUGGAGGCUGGUAUUGUUGAAACUCGAUCACAAUUGACUGAACUGAAGAUAUAA